AUGCCGAAGUCACCAGAUUCAUCGUCGCGGCAACUUCCAGUGCAAAACGAUGUGAAAAUUGGUCCAGCACGGUCACAACCUAGCACUAACACCAUCAGUCCACCACCAGUCGUCGGUCCGCCAAAAAUAACUCCCAUCAAACUUAUGCAAGAACCAACGACGCCGAAAGUCGGCCCUGUUGAAAAACCCAAGAAACCUUUAGCAGCAAAAGAUGCAAAAGGCGUCAUAGUUAUUGAAGUUGGUGGUCCUCUGAAGAGCGAUGAUCCGAAACGUUCAGUAAAGGACGCGAGUUCAUCGUCUACAGCUGUUGAAUCCUCAACUACACCUCAUCCGCAAAAGGUUUUUGGAUGA